AUGGUAUCAUCAGGUGCAUCCUCCAUCGUAUUGGGCCUUGCCAUCAGUGCUGCCACCAUGGGUGGCCCAGCAGCUGCUUUUGUGGUCGGAAACACGCCAUCGCAGCCACCAUCUGUGGGAACCAGUACAGUGAUGCCAUUGAUGAUGGCCAACAACGGCGAUGACAGCGUGGAAUCUUCUCGCAAAGAAGUUUUGUCCGCUCUGGGUUGGACGGCUGCUGCAUGGGCUGUUUCGGGUACGCUUGACAACAAGGCGUAUGCUGCCGAAGAAGGUGAAGCUGCCACUGUUGUUGUGGAGGAAAGCGUCGUCUCCCCGAUCCUGCAAUCGUCCAACUUGAAAAGUAUCAAAAAGGCAGAAAAACAAUUGAGCAAGUUGGAGUUUUAUGCUGUCCAAAACGAUUUCGAAGCCCUCAAGGUGGAGAUCCGGAAUGCUCCCUUUUCAGAAAUCCGAAAGAAUUCCUUCAAAUUCAUCAAGGAAUAUGCCGGACAGGAAGAAACACAAUCCAAAUUGUCGGCGUCCUAUGACGUCUUUAUCACGUCCCUCGAAAAAAUGGAUCAGAGAUCGCAAAAACAGGGCCAAUUCCUAGUAUAA